GGAAGUAUGACCCGGAAGGAGUUUGUUGACGCGCAGUGAUCCGGAGGUUGCAGCGGCUGUUAAACUGAGGAACGACACCUUGUUCAUGCCAGCUUUUCCCUUCUCUUCACUUGUCUCUUUUGUGAUUAUCAACAUCACCAAUGGAUCAUUCAGGACAAACUAAAGAAACAUUUCCCUCUUUUGAUGCAAGACAUAGUGUUAGUAAGAUUUAUUAUCCACAAAAAAAUGCUUAUUCCAGGCUGGUGAAUCAGCAUCGUAGUGGAAGGUUUAGGGCCUAUCGAAGCCAAUUUGCUCAGCAAAUCAAUUGCGUAGCCAAGAAUGAUGAAUGUGGCGUUAUUCCUGGGAGUAGUUUGAAUCUUUCAGAAGUAGAAAUGAUGCCACAGAAGCAUGUUAAUAAUGGACAAUUUCUAGGAGAUAAUGUGAAAUGUAGCCUCUCUCUGGAUGUUGGCGGCACUGCUCUCUUUGCAAAUUUGCCUGUUAGUCUUAUGGAAAAGGUUGUGGAUACUGGUGAGUCUGACAUGCUUGACUCUGGGAAGAAGAAACAGGGAUUGGUGACCAGAAAGGAAAACAAGCAAAGAGACAUCACCGUCAACCAGGAUGAAGAUGUUAAGUCAGCAAAUGAAGUUACGUUCAAAGAAACUAAGCCGAAGCAAGGCCAUCCAAAACCAUAUCUCGAUCACCACAAAGAGUUUGUGGGGCUUGAAAAAACAGCAGCAACUGGGGAAAGUGAUCAUUACUCUGAGGCUAUAUUGCCAAGGUAUAAACCAUCUUUUGACAGUUGUAGUCUGAAUAUUGACCUAGGCAGAACAGAGAGUAAUGUGCAAAUAAUUAAUGAAAUGGAAGUACAGAACAAUAAGAAAAAGAAAAACAGAAGAAAAAGCAAAGGAAAAAAUGACACAAGCAUGGGUGUCACUCUGAGUUCUAGUGGGCUGUGUGUUGGAGACCAAGUUGCUACACUUCACGAUUUGGGAUCUGCUAUGCUGGAGAAAACCAAUGUCGACCAUUUGCAAAGUGAAGUUGUAGACAGGCGACCUGGCCCAACAUCUAAGCACAGUCACGAGUCAGUCAAAAGCAAUCAACCCAUUGACAGAAGAAAAAGAUCUGAAUCAUUGGAUGAAACUGCUGACAUGAAUUUUAAACCUGUGAUCACUAAUGUGGAAAAUCUGGCCAUACGUUCAACUCCAAAUGACAAACGGAAUCGAAGGAGGUCUGGCCGGGGGAGGAAGAAGAUAUUUGAAAAUUAUUUCUUAAGCAGUGAUGUUUCAGUUGGCUUAAAGAGAGGAGAACUUAUACAGGGUCCACUGAGAAUAAAUCCGAAAAAUUACCAGGAGGCUUUUAUUCCUUCUCCUGAUGGAAACAGAGACAUUUUUAUCAAUGGUAUCAUUUCCCGAAACAGAGCCUUGAACGGUGACAUAGUGGUGGUAAAGCUCCUGCCUAAAGAGAAGUGGAAGGUUAUCACACCUGAUGGAGAUAGCUCAGAAGUUAAUAUAAUUGCUCAAUCUGGUGUACCUGGUGCAGUUAAUAAUAUGACCUUGGAGGACCUUCCAGCUCAGGAUAGAGUUAAAAUACUCGAAGCCAGUCCUGAUGUAAUUAUUGAGGAGCAAUAUGAUGACAGCCAAGAUGAAAGUGAAAAUGAAUCGAGUGAUUUGCAGAAAAUUGUAGUUGGUGAAAGUGUGAACAAGAUAAAGUUCAGUCCUUCAGAUAACGCUGCUGGUUGUAGUGGAACACAGACGGUUGAUAAGGGUGCAACUAGAACGCAAACUUCGAAACAAGGAAAACAUUGCAGUCUUGUAAAUGAUUCAAGAAAUCCAGAUCGGUUUCUUCAAAAAACAGGCAAGGUAAUUUACAUUGUGGAAAGGAAACAUUCCAGAGCUGUGACUGGAUUUAUUAAACCAUUUCCUGACAAAAGCAGCGAACUUUACAAAGGGUUCUUCAUGUUUUCACCUGUUGAUCAUCGAGUGCCUAGAAUCUUGGUACCUUCAGAAGAAUGCCCAAAGGACUUUAUGGCUAGGCCUUCAGAUUAUGAGAAUGUUCUUUUUAUUUGCCGCAUUGUGGAUUGGAGGGAUGACAGUAGUUUUGCAGAUGGGCAUUUGACCAAAAGUCUAGGACAAGCAGGUGAAAUUGAACCUGAAACUGAGGGCAUCCUUACUGAAUAUGAUGUGGAGUUCUCUGAUUUCCCUGAUGAGGUACUGAACUGUCUACCAAAAUUUUUACCAUGGACCAUCCCGAAAGAAGAAUUGCAAAAGCGUAAAGAUUUACGGAAAGAGUGCAUAUUCACAAUUGAUCCGGCCACUGCUAGAGAUUUGGAUGAUGCGCUGUCUUGUCGCAAACUUCAAGAUGGUAACUUUGAAGUUGGAGUGCAUAUUGCAGAUGUGAGUUACUUUGUUCACGAAGGGACUGCUCUUGAUACGAUGGCCAGUAAGAGGGCAACCAGCGUCUACUUGGUUCAGAAGGUUAUCCCAAUGCUUCCUAGGCUUCUCUGUGAAGAGCUCUGCAGCUUGAAUCCAAUGCAAGACAAGCUAGCCUUUUCUGUCAUUUGGAAGUUGACACCUCAAGGAAAGGUCCUCAGUCAGUGGUACGGUCGAACUAUUAUUCGUUCUUGUGUAAAACUGAGUUAUAAUCAUGCACAAAGUAUAAUUGAGGAUCCAGAAAAAAUAUUCACCCCUGAUGAAUUGCCACCUGUUUCACCUGAGCAUUGUAUUACGGACAUAAAAACUGCUGUAAUAAAUCUUCAUAACAUGGCUAAACACCUUCGUAAGCAAAGGUUUGAUGACGGUGCUUUACGAUUGGACCAGUCGAAGAUCGCUUUCACCUUGGAUAGAGAAACAGGAAUGCCUCAAGGAUGUUAUAUCUAUCAAUAUAAGGACAGCAAUAAGUUGAUUGAAGAGUUCAUGUUACUGGCAAACAUGGCAGUUGCACACAUCAUCUAUGGUUUAUUCUGUGAACAAGCUUUACUACGCCGACAUCCACCACCACAAACAAACAUGCUCGAUGACCUCGCUGCAUUCUUUGAGGAGCUGGGACUUAACAUUGACUUGCAAACUGCAGGCGCAUUACAUAACACCCUAAAUGAAACUGUUGGGAAUGAUCAGUAUUCUGCUGCCAGAAAAGAAGUACUGACCCAUAUGUGUUCUCGACCAAUGCAGAUGGCACAGUACUUCUGUACUGGCGUUCUUCGUGAUGAAACAUUAUUCCGCCAUUAUGCACUCAACGUGCCUCUCUACACUCACUUCACUUCCCCCAUUCGCCGUUACGCUGAUAUUAUUGUGCAUCGACUUCUUGCUGCGUCACUUGGUUCUGGCCAUCAGUUUGGUUUAAAUAAAAGCGACAUUCAGAAACAAGCAGACCAUUGCAAUGCAAAAAAGAGUGCGUCAAAAAAAGUACAAGAGCUUAGCACUGAUAUUUUCUUCUCUGUUUUUGUGAAGGAAUGUGGCCCUCUGGAAUCUGAAGCCAUGGUAAUGGGGGUUUUGGAUCAAUCCUUUGAUGUUUUGGUUCUACGAUACGGUAUCCAGAAGCGAGUCUACUGUAAUGGCCUUCCUCUCCAAGGAUUUACUUUUCACAAAGUAGGAAAGAAGCCUGAACUAAGAUUGAUGUGGGAACCAGAGACAUUGGACCAGAAGCCAGUUUACCAGGUAAUAACCAUCUUUGCACUGGUGGACAUUGUCUUAAAGUCAGACAGCACAGCCCUGAAGUACAGUGCCAUUCUCAAGAAACCAAGUGGAGCUUGUGUAUAAAGUUUUAUAUGAACUCUGAAAAAUGCUGCUGAAACCAAAGUUACUGUUAACUGGAAAGUUUUUUUUAAUACACAAAACAUUGUUUAAAAAUCAGUAAUAUUUUAAUGGUAAUUUUAAGUUUUAGCUGCAUAGAGCUAUUGUGGCAAGUUUUAGUUUAAGUGCAAAUGUGUUGUAGGUAGCGGGGAGCUUCAAAAAUGCAUUUUGUUGCAUAUGUUUUAACAGUUAUAUAUUACUUUCAUAGUGCAUUAUGAUAUUGUUAGAAACUGAGGUUAAAAACAAGCUGUAAUAUCUGAAACCAGAGUGUGGUAAACGUGACAUGAUAUUGAAAUCAAAUAUUGUAUGAUGUGGAGUAUGUAUCUAGAUCAGCACUGUGCACAGAGUAAGGAGAACUAUCUGUUGUAAUGUACUGUAUUCUGAAGCAAAUAAUAAAACAAUACCUCAUUCCAAA